AAUAUUCGCUUUAGUCAUCGAUGGUAGCCGACGUGUUAAAAUACAAAAUUGAUACGUGUUCAAGUAAAUAUGUGUAGCAGUGCGGAAAACAUAUUCUGCCCAUAAAACAAAGUUGUGUAAUAAAAUGGAGGAAAGAGCAGAUCACCAUAAUCCAGAGAAUAGCACGAAUCGUACUAGAUACGUAGUGAAUCAAAAGGGAACCAGCCAUAUACAGAAUAAUCCUGGAAGAUAUUUUUUCACGCCAGUUCCAGACUAUACGUACAUGGCAAUAGUUGCAACAUGCUGCUGUUUCACACCAUUUGGAAUUGUUGCUCUAUGUCUCGCCAAUUCGACAAACCAGCUGGCUGCCAGAGGAGACAGACAGCAAGCCAUGAAAAUAUCGUACAUUACAGUAGUUUUUAUAUUGUUGUCGUUUAUUUUCCCUCUCUUUCUGAUUAGUCUAUUGAUUGCUCUUUGUUUGGUAUUAGAAUACGCCUAACAUGGCGUUUUCAUUCGAAAACACGCUUAAAGAGCUCUGUACCUAAUUAUUUUAUAUUCCUGAAGCUAAAACAUGAUAUGCCGACAUUUUACAAAGACAAACCUGUGAAAGAGUUGCUAGAAGGAUGUUAUGUUCCUCCGAUAACUUGCGUACGACCACUAAUAAAUUGAUAUACUAAUCGAAACGUCUAUUGCCCUCCGAUAAUUUGCAAUAUUUUUCAUACUU